AUGCGGGCAGCGGCGGCGGCACGACGGCCUGCGGCGCCGCGCGCGGCAGGUGUGCCGAGUGUGGACGACAUGGACCGGCGGCGUGUGCCGCAGCUUAUCGCGCUCGCGGAGAUGUACCUGCAUGUCGCGGACGACGCAGAGAGCGGCACGAGCACCGCCGUCUCGCUCGCGCCCGACUGGGCGUCAGCGACACUGUACGCCUGCAUGGCCCUCGCGCUCGAUCCUGAUCAUGUGGAAGCGCGUCGUAUUGUUGCGCUGUGCUACUUGAAUGGUGGCGCCGAGCUUCUCUUUCCCUUCUCGCCGUCAUCGUACGGCCAGACGCGCACGCCGGAUGGGUACCAGGCACGAUCGCCGACGCGGGCGUGUGCGCUAGCCGCGAUACACCUCCUGCAGCGCGGCUCGCGCGCGACGUUUCUCGAUCUCGGAUCAGCGCGCGUGUACGCGUCCGCGAGCAUGGUGCUGGGUCGCUACAAGGAGGCGCACGACGCGUUGGCGUAUACGAUGCAGCAGGGGGGUGCGAAGCGCAAGGCGGCACCAGGCACGAGUGCGAGCGCAUCGCUCGUGUCGCCGCACGACAUGUACACGAGCCAGGCGUAUACGCAGCUCGCGCGUAUGGCGAUGAAGCAGGCCAAGUACACGGACGCGGCCAAGUACUGUGAGGCCGCGCGGGAUCUGGAUCCGUACAACUGGAGUGCGUGGACGAUGCUCUGCGACAUGGCUCUCGCCCCGCCGGCCUCCGAGGCGUGGAGACUGCCCAAGCGCGAGGCGGCCUCGCGCCCGAUGCGCCAGGUGACGCCCCGCGCCGCGGCGCUUCGGUCCGGCAUGACGCGCGAGGCACCACGCACGCUGGCGACGCGCACCAACACGGACGACGCGCGGCGGCGCACCGUGAGCAAGCCAGCCGCGCCGCGCAGCGCUUCGGCGCCGGCUACGAGUCCCCCGCUCCUGGACAUGACACGUGAUGUGGCCGAGGCGUAUCGAUGUGUGCGGCGCUACGAGGGACAGCGGGCGCUGGAGCUGCUGUGUGGGCCGGUGCCGAGCGUGCGACGCCGUGCGUACCGCAUAGCCGGCGUGCAUUGCCUCGUGGGGCGCGCGCUGCACGACAUGACCGAGUAUACCGACGCCGAAAUGCAUUUCCGACGUGCACGGGCCAUGGAGCCGUACCUCUGUAUGCACAUGGACAUUUACUCGCUGGUGCUGUUCCAGCUGCACCGCGAGGUGGCCUUAUCGGCACUGGCGCAGGACCUGCUCGCGAUGGAUCCGCGUUCGGCCAUGGCGCACAUCGCCGCGGGCAACACAUGGUCGCUUCAGCACCAGCACGAUGCAGCCUACCAGUGCUUUCGGCAGGCGACGCUCGUGGCGCCCGAGUGUGCGUAUGCGUACACGCUCGCGGGGUACGAGGCACUCGAGCUCGAGCAGCCUGCGCGCGCUGUGCGCCUCUUUCUCUGUGCGCGGCGCUGCGAUCGGCGGCACUGGAAUGCACUCGCCGGCCUGGGCCAGGUGUACUUGCGCCAGGGCUAUGAGCUGCGUGCGAGCGAAGCGUACGCCCAGGCGUUCCUCAUCAACCGCCACAAUGCGGUGCUCCUCGACCUGCUCGGCUGGACGCUCGAGCAGGCGGGCGAUGCGGACGGCGCACUCGCUGUGUACCAGCGCGCCAUCGACAUGCAGCCCAAGGCGGCGAUGACGCGCCUGAAAAAGGCGCAGCUCCUUCUGGCGACGGUCCGUGCCGCCGACGACCUGCGCCUGUCGCCCCGCGAGUGCACACAGCGGCGCCAGGCCGCGCAUGCCGAGCUCCUGCGUGUGUGCGCGCUCGUGCCGUCAGAGCCGCGCGUGCAUCUGAUGCUCGCCCGCUCGUACAUGCGUAUGGGCGGCGGGCACUUUGCGCCGAGCGAAGACUCGACGCCGCCUCCCUCGCCGCUGCGUCUGCCGCACGCCUACCAUGCCGAGAUCACGCAUCAUCUGGCCACGGCGGUCGACCUGGAUCCGCGAUGUGUGCGCGACGUGCAUGCGAUGGGCGACAUGCCCAAGCUGGUGUACCAGGCCACGGGCGCCAUGAUUGCCGAGGAUGAGGAGCAAGACGAUGUGGACGGCUAUAUAUGGGAGGGGUAA